CUUGUAGGCAUUUCGUCGAACGCCUCAUCUGCACUCCUGCGUACCCUGAGAUAUUUCCUCCCCCCACUUCGCCAGAUCUCGUCGUCUCUGGCCUUUCCUUCUCAUGGAGCCGCCGGGAACCGCCGGCGAUUCUGAGGCUUCCUCUCCCCACGUUGUUCUCAUCUCAGCCGGCGCUAGCCACUCAGUUGCUCUCCUUUCUGGGCAUAUUGUUUGUUCAUGGGGAAGGGGGGAAGAUGGACAGCUUGGUCAUGGGAAUGCUGAAGAUCGGCUUAUUCCAACACUGCUUAGUGCCUUAGACAAUGCAAGAAUAGUGUCCAUUGUUUGUGGUGCUGAUCAUACUACUGCAUAUUCUGAGUCUGAAUUGCAAGUUUACAGCUGGGGAUGGGGUGACUUUGGAAGGCUGGGACAUGGUAAUUCUAGUGAUGUGUUUACUCCGCAGCCAAUAAAAGCAUUGCAAGGCAUUAUAAUUAAACAAAUUGCCUGUGGGGACAGCCAUUGUUUGGCAGUUACCAUGGAUGGGGAAGUGCAAAGUUGGGGGCGAAAUCAAAAUGGCCAACUUGGUCUUGGUACCACUGAGGAUUCUCUUGUACCACAAAAAAUUCAGUCUUUCCAGGGAAUUCCUGUCAAAAUGAUUGCUGCCGGUGCAGAACAUACCGCUGCAGUCACAGAAGAUGGUGAGCUCUAUGGUUGGGGCUGGGGUCGGUAUGGUAACUUGGGUUUAGGAGAUCGGAAUGACCGAUUAAUACCAGAGAAGGUUUCUUCUGUUGGCGAGCAAAAAAUGGUACUUGUCGCUUGUGGAUGGAGGCACACAAUAACAGUAUCUUCCUCUGGUGGCUUAUACACUUACGGAUGGAGCAAAUAUGGUCAACUGGGACAUGGGGACUUUGAGGAUCACCUUGUUCCACACCAGGUGGAGGCUCUACAAAGUAGCCAUGUAUCACAGAUAUCUGGUGGUUGGAGACAUACUAUGGGGCUCACAUCUGAUGGAAAGCUUUAUGGUUGGGGAUGGAACAAGUUUGGACAAGUUGGUGUUGGAGAUAAUGUGGACCACUGCUCGCCAGUCCAAGUUAAAUUUCCAAAUGAAGAGAAAGUGGUUCAAAUAUCUUGUGGAUGGAGGCAUACUAUUGCUGUCACAGAAAGAAAAAACUUGUUUUCUUGGGGUAGGGGUACCUGUGGGCAACUUGGCCAUGGGGAUAUUCUUGACAGGGAUUCUCCUAAGAUGAUAGAGGUUUUAAGCACGGAUGGAUCUGGAUGCAAGGAAAUUGAUUCAUUAAAAAUUGAGUCUGUAUCAGGCAAAGUUUGGAUUUCACCAUCUGAGAGAUAUGCAAUAGUUCCCGAUGAGAAGUUAACUAAAGAACUGGUAGAUCCUGUCAAAGGCAAUGGCAAUGACGCAAGUGUUCCAGACACUGAUGUUAAGCGAAUUCGGAUAUAGUCAGUUUUUCUACCAAUCCUCUCACUUUCCAAUCAGAUAUAUAAUAUAGUGCUAUCUCUCUGUAUACAAUCAAGGUCGCAGAACAUUUUUGGCUGUUAUCCAUUAUCAUAUAUGAAGCUGUUUCAACCAAUGGAUGAUAUGUUUCUGAUCUGAACGAACAUAAUUAUUUUGAAUAAUCUGUUUAGAUGCAUAUUCAAAAACUGCAUGAUGUUAUCUUCAGAACUUCUAUUCCUGUAUGCAAUCUGGUUAAUUUGCCAAAAUA